AUGUGGAACGAUCUUCCAUCUGAUCUCUUGGCCCAAAUUCUCUCCUUCCUACCUGCAGACGCGUUAGCUUGUGCUAAAUCAGUCAGCCGAAAUUGGAACCGAUGUCCCGACGACUACUUGGACAUGCUCGAGUGCCGGCGGCAGUGUAAUCAUCCGCCCUGGUUCCUGCCGGGGCCCCGGGAACUAAUCCCAUGGCAUGACGAGCUCGAAAUUAUGAAUGUAGCUGUGGGCGUGGUGGGAGAACUAUCAAUGGACUCGGGUCAAUUCCAAAUUCGGAUUUUUGUUGUGGCCGGUGCAGAGAAUCUGGCACGGAGCAAAAAUGGCUCUGGCUAUGACUUCACAACGCAUAUGUAUGACUCACACAGUGAUUUGUGGGCGAUUGUUGGUCCCGUGCCAAAGAAAUAUUUAGCAAGCCUAAGUGAGAGGAAGAUCGAUGGCGAGGGUUUGUACGCCAAUGGGGUGUUGUACUGGAUAAACUCAGUCGGCGGCAGGGGGCGAUAUACCCUAAUUGCAUUGGAGAUCACCACACACAAAUGGAAAGAAUCGUGCCUUCCGACUAAAGAGAGGAUUUGUUUUUAA